AUGCCCUUCGCUACUGGAGAGGAUAACUUGCUGCUGCUGAACCAAGAGGAAUUUGACUUCAACCUACAGUUCGAGCAGCUAUUCUUCUCCAUCAUACCGUCCACUUUGUUCAUCGUAAUAUCAUUAUGGCGGACGCUUUCCCAGGCACGGAAGCCCACCGUGGUCAAUGCUCCGGUUUUGCAACUCAUCAAAUUGGGUGCUAUCACAACCUAUGUCGCGCUUGAACUUUCACUCCUCAUCUUGGUUGCGGUUAGGUCCUUCCACGUAUCCAGCAUGUUUAUCGCUGCUUCGGCCCUCAAGCUUGUGUCAGCCCUAUUCAUGAUAACGCUAAGUGUUGUUGAUCACAGCAGAAGCCCAAGGCCGUCGGUGCUUCUGAACGGCUACUUGUUUCUGAUUCUUCUCCCGGACGCGGCCCAGGCAAGAACGCUGUUUCUAUCAUCGGAUGACAAGCCCGAGGUCACCUACAGCCGCAUCUUCUGUGCUGCUAUAGCUCUGAAGGCCGUAAUAUUGUUAUUAGAAGCACAACAAAAGACCAGAUGGGUAAGCUGGGACAAGAAGGAGCACAGCCCAGAGGAAACUAGCAGCAUCUUCUCCCUCGGCGUCUUCUUUUGGCUUAACAAGAUGUUCCUGAUGGGAUAUAGAAAAGUCUUGACGAUUGAGGACCUUUACCCCCUUGAUAGCUCCUUUAACGCCAAAUUGCUUCACGACGAUUUCUCUAGGAACAUGGAUUACUCCAAACUAAGGGGCGACAAGUUUGGUCUUUUGAAGGUGCUAAUGCGCACGCUAAAAGUCCCUCUCCUACUUCCCAUACCUAUACGUCUGGCUCUUCUUGGCUUCACGCUUUGCCAACCUUUUUUUAUUGAAAAGUUAUUGGAUUACCUAUCCCAGUCUGAACUUGAGGCGAAUGUCGGAUAUGGCUUUAUCGGCGCUAGUAUACUGAUUUACUGGGGAAUUGCUAUCUCCCGGGCCUUCUACUGGUACCUCCACCACCGAAUGCGUACUAUGGCAAGGUCCAUACUAGUCACCGAGACCUUCAUCAAAGCCACAAAAGCUCGUAUCGGAACUAGCGAUGACAGCGCUGCGCUGACUUUAAUGAGCACAGAUAUGGAGCGAAUUAAGAUGGGCUUCAGGUCUCUGCAUGAUAUUUGGGCGGGCAUGAUCCAGGCUGCCCUGGCUGGGUGGAUGUUGUAUCUCCGACUUGGCGUAGUCUUUGUCGUGCCAAUGGGACUUGUUAUAGUCUGCUUUGUCGGCUUGGGGAUCCUUAUAAAGUUCACUGGGGACUCGCAGAGGGCCUGGAUGGCAGGAGUCCAGAAGCGUGUCGGUCUGACGGCCACAGUCAUCGCCAGCAUGAAGAACCUGAAAAUAUCUGGCCUCUCUGCUGCCGUCAGCGACUUCGUACAGAAGCUCCGCGUCGAUGAGCUAGCUGCGGGAGCCCGAUGCCGCAAGAUAUUCAUCAUUGCGGCGCUCCUUGGUUUUAUUCCGCUGCUGAUCGCCCCGCCACUUACCUUCGCAUUCACUCAACGGACACUGGAUGCGUCGAAGGUUUUCACGAGUCUUUCUUUCCUUACGCUGUUAGCUACCCCGCUGUUGCAGAUCUUUCAAUCUGCCCCUGAGCUCGUCUCUGCGCUGGCCUGUUUAGGUCGAAUCCAAGCCUUCUUGGAGUGCGAAACUCGCCAUGAUUUUCGCCAAGUUCUUGCUGAUAUAAAGCAAAAUACAGAGAAGGCCGGAGGGGACACCGCAGCUUCCUCUGAUCCAGAACUAGACCUGGCGAAUUAUGUUGUCAUCAAGAACGGUAAGUUUGGUUGGGAAGCAGACAAGUUCGUUUUGCAGAACGUAAAUACUCGAGUAUCCAAGUCCUCGCUCACUAUUGUCGUCGGACCUGUUGGCUCGGGGAAAUCUACGCUGUGCAAGGCACUACUUGGAGAGAUUCCUUUCAGCGAAGGCAGCGUGGUUUUAAGCUCUAGGUUCCCCCACAUUGGAUUCUGUGACCAAACGGCAUUCCUCUCGAACGGGUCGGUCAGAGACAACAUUGUCGGAUUCUCUCCGUUCAACAAUGAGAGAUAUGCCGAAGUCAUCAAAGCUACAGCUCUGGGCUUCGACUUUGUCACACUCCCACAAGGUGACCGAACAAAUGUCGGAUCUGAUGGGAUCGCCUUAUCCGGGGGCCAGAAACAACGCGUUUCUCUCGCGCGAGCUCUGUAUUUGCAGUCUGAUAUGCUAGUACUAGACGAUAUCUUUAGUGGUUUAGAUGCGGAUACCGAGGAGCAGGUCUUCCGGCAAGUCUUCGGGCCAGAUGGACUGCUCAGACGACGACGAUCUACGGUCGUGUUGUGCACUCAUAGUGUCAGACAUCUACCUGCGGCGGAUUAUAUAAUAACACUCGGAGAAGGCAGUAUUGUCGAGCAAGGUAGCUUUAACAAACUAAUGACCAGUCAGGGGUAUGUUCAGCGUCUAGGAUUAAGGGACUCUUCAGACAGCGAUGCUUCAUCGGCGGAAAUGACGUUGAAGAAGAGUGUGCGGGAAUCGAAGCCACAACUGCUCCAUAUAACGACGACCACCACAUCAUCCCUUCCACUAGAUACGGAAGAAUCACGGAAAAUUGGUGAUAAAACAGUAUACAAGCAUUACUUUAAGAGCAUGGGGUUGUUCCUGGCGGCAUGUAGUUUGUUCUUCGCUGCUCUUUGGGGUUUCUUCACGAACUUUCCAACCAUUUGGCUCAAAUACUGGAUUGAUGACGUCUACUCGGAAGAUCCAGUGCACCCUUUCGCUUACUACGCCGGUAUCUAUGCUUUGCUUCAAAUCUCCGGCUUGAUAUCGCUGCUGCUCCUCGGUAUCGCGCUCUUCGUCGUCGCUGUCAAAAGAGCAGGUGCCAAACUCCAUCAGGAUGCCUUGCGAACACUUAUUCGAGCACCCCUACGAUUCUUCACCAAGACGGAUACUGGUGUCGUCACAAACUUAUUUUCACAAGAUCUGAACCUUAUAGAUACAGAGCUGCCAGAUGCAACGUUGAAUACCCUGUUCUGUGUCUUUCAAGCAGUCGGACAAGCCGCUGUUAUGCUCACUUCGUCUCUGUACUUAGCUAUAAGCUACCCGCUCCUCGGCGCCCUACUCUAUAUUGUACAAAGGUUCUACCUACGGACUUCUAGGCAGCUAAGAUUGCUAGACCUUGAGACUAAAAGUCCCUUAUACACGCAUUUUCUUGACACUCUUAGGGGUAUUACAACUCUGAGGGCCUUUGGUUUUCUUCCCGAUGAUGUCCAAAAGAACGCUCGCCUAAUUAAUUCCAGUCAACGACCCGCGUAUUUCCUCAUGAUGAUUCAAGAGUGGCUGAACCUCGUUCUCGACCUCGUCGUUAUGGUGAUGGCAGUGGCUCUGACGACUCUUGCCGUCCGGCUUCACUCCAACUCUGGUUUCGCCGGUGCUUCUUUGUACACACUCAUUAGUUUCGGAGAGAACCUUUCAGGCAUUGUCAUGUUCUACACCAGGCUAGAAACUUCUAUUGGAGCGGUAGCCAGGCUCAAGACGUUCAAUGAAAACGUCAAGCCAGAGGACAGAGAUGAAGAGGACAUCAUUCCUCCUGAACAGUGGCCUCAGAGUGGUGUGGUGGAGUUGAAGGGCAUAUCCGCGAAUUAUGACUCGGAAGACCAAACCGACGGCUCACCUAACUUAGCCCUCCGCGAUAUCCACCUAACGAUUAACUCAGGCGAGAAAGUCGCCAUCUGUGGCCGUACCGGCAGCGGCAAGUCCAGCCUUAUCGCCCUACUCCUCAAGCUCCUCGAUCCCCUCUCAGAGACCGCAGGGAACGCAGUAAUCGAUAACACGCCGCUCCACCGCAUAAAUCGGACCGCGCUACGUCGGCGUAUAAUAGCAGUGCCCCAGGAAGCCGUGUUCUUGCCCGACGGAACCACCUUCCAGGCUAACCUGGACCCGACCGACAUUUCAACAUCCGAUGAAUGUCAAGCUGUCCUUAUAGCCGUAGGCCUGUGGCAGUUCGUUCAAGAGCGGGGCGGCCUAGACUCAGGCAUGAGCGCGGGGACACUCAGCGCCGGACAGCAGCAACUCAUGUCACUUGGGCGCGCUCUACUAAGACGUCGUAUCAGGGGGCGGAAUCUGGGGAUAGGGGGCGGUGGCUCAGAUCGCGGUAUAUUGUUAUUGGAUGAGGUGAGCUCGAGUGUGGACCAUGAGACGGAACAUGUUAUCCAGGAGAUUAUCAGAGCUGAAUUUAGGGAUUACACUGUUAUAGCGGUUAGCCAUCGGCUGGACAUGAUUAUGGACUUUGAUAGGGUCGUUGUCAUGGACACAGGGGAGGUUGUGGAGGUCGGCAAUCCAGCGGUGUUAGCUAGGGAGGUGGGGACUAGGUUUGGGGAUUUAGUGAGGGCCGCGGCUAAGUAG